AUGUCAAAAAAGCAAUGGAUGGUUUUAUUGAUGAUUUUCUUCGCUUAUCUUCUUUUUGGUACUGGAUUAUUUUUUUACCUAGAAAGUCAAGAUGAAAUAGAAAAAGUGCAGAAAGCUCGUCAAGAACGCAUUGAAAUUAAUGAGCUGCUGCACAAAUACUAUGUACCUGACACGAAAGAAGAUCAGCACGAGAUAUUUGAAAGAUUGUCCCAGUACUGCGGCAAGUCUGUUAAAAAUUACUCCACAGGCGAACAAGAUCCGCUCAAAUGGGAUUUUUACAACACUUUUUAUUUUUCCUACACUGUCGUCAGUACAAUUGGCUAUGGAAACUUGGCACCAACAAAGCUAUCAAGUCGUAUCGUGAUGAUAUUCUACGCUAUAAUUGGAAUCCCGAUAAACGGAAUCCUUCUGGCAAACCUGGGAGACUUUUUUUCCAGCGUCUUCAUAAAAGCGCACCGCAACUACAAAUCUUACAAAGAAGACGACUGCCAGAAGAAGCCCAAAGAAACGAAGAAAUUCACUUUUUUCUUCCAAAUCCUCAUGUACCUCGUUCCCGGUAUCGUCGUAUUUAUAUUCUUCCCAGCAUUUAUAUUUUCGUACGUCGAAGAGUGGACCUACGAUCAAUCAGUCUACUACGCGUUUGUCACCCUGACGACCAUUGGGUUCGGCGAUUUAGUAGCAGGUCAAAACUCUCCUGACGGUAAUUUUUUUGUCGGCACAUACAAGGCAUUUCUAAUAAUCUGGAUUUCCUUCGGACUCGGGUACAUUGUGAUGAUAAUGACCUUCAUAACACGGGGAUUUAAGAGCAAGAAAAUAACCCAGCUCGAGCACAAACUUGCUGUGAAUAUAAAGCAUACGCAGAAUAAGGUAUUUAACCAGCUCACACGAGACAUCAAUUACCUCAGGAGAAUAUUUAACGAGUUACAGCUGUCUAAAGUCAAGAGAAUCUACGUCGACGACGAGUACGACUUGCCACCAGCAACCUUAACGCGCAGCAACAGUUUCCCGGACUUACGCCAACUAGUAUACGGCGGUCUGGAGCCAUUUGUCCCACCUCACCCGCGGCGCCGAGCAAACAGCGAAGUAGUCCCCAUGGAAGUCUUGGUCCCGCGAGUGGUAUCCGAAACAGAUCUCCAAAGAAUCGACAAGAACGCGACAUUCGCGACCCACGCGAUGGUCCAGCCUGCCGAGAUGCUCGCCCGACUAGUCAACAUCCUAGGAUACAUUCCUCCUCCCCCAGACGACGACGAGCAAGUAGACAUGGACCCACGAGGGGUCCAAGGCUUCAGCGACAAAGAGAUCCUCUCAGGCGAGCGGGGACCCGAGCCUAGCUGGCAGGUCGGCGGCGACCGAAUUCCCUGGAGCAGAAAACCCAGAUCCCGAGCCACCAGCGAGGUCCGACUCGACCCGUCCUACAAUCCCGAACAUUCAAACCAAGAGUGGACCUGGUCCGGGCCCGCGGCUUCCCGGAAGAUUCAGGAAUUGAUGCGCGCCCGUAAAAAUGGCCAAUCCAAAGACAGAGAGCGAGAUAAAGAGUGCAAAUCCCUCUUUCCUCUUAAUUUACCCAAGAGUGUCCCACUUCCUCGGUGGAUAAAGCAGCUGUCUACUAAAAAAGACGCCCGGACCAGAAACUCCGUCUCAGUCGGCGACCUGGACAGCAACGACGACGAUUAUCUGACCAACGCGACCGGCUACACCGACAGGUCGACUUAUUUCACCCACACAGGAGCCGCGAAUUUGUCUUCGACUCUAGAAGGCAGCAGUUUGCUCGAAGAAACGACUCUAGCCGACUUUAUCCGAGCUCUAACCGCGCUUCACUCUCAAGUCGGCGCGGUUCCAGACGAAUUCAUGAAAAAACCUCAAAGAAAAAUGGGAACUGCUUCUUUAACACCUCCGAAGCUCCCGAGCCUCUUUACUCUCUUCGCUCCUCCCGAAUCUACUUCCUCCGUGCCUCAGAGCAACCAAAACACGGUAACAGGAGCCGCCUCAAGGAGAUUUUCCCUCAGAACAGAGAAUUCUACAUCCCCAAUUUACCAGCGCAAGAACAGUCUAGCGGUCAAACCAAGGAACAGAAGGUUCUCGCUAAGACCAGUAGUUACUCCUCAAGCUUCACCUUAUUUAUCGAACUUAAGAAAAGAUUCUUCAAGCCCGCCUCCGGCUUACAGCGCGAAUUUGCCCUUCGAAGGCUCUAAGGAACCUCUGGUGUCUCUAGAAAGCGCUCCGGGAGUUUCUUCCCCGGUUCAUUCUCAAAGAAUGUCCUUGAGGAACGGAUCUUCUGUGGAGCCUCCGGCUAAGGGACUGUCUUCUAGAUGGCGCCAGGAGAUUCUUCAAAGGCAGCUCAAUAGGCGGGUACGCGCUUUUAGUUUGAGCGAUGUUAAUACAGAUGGCGCGCAAGGUAAUGGGAAUUCUAAUGAUAGGGGUAAUUCUAUUAGCCCCCUGGCGCUGGAUCCCGCGGUUAGAACUACUACUUUUGGGGCCAGAGAUCCGGGGAACAAGUUCUCGGUUCAGAAGACUGUGACCAUUGUUUCGCCUAAUCAGGGGCAGGUUGGGCAGAAAACUAGUGAGGCUAAACAGCGAAGGCCGUUUUUAAGAGCGCUUUCCGCUUUGAAUAAUCCUUUUGCGGGGAAUAGUACAGAGAAUAAGACUACUUACACGAAUCCUUUUGUUAUUGACCUUGAUAGUCCGGAAUUGGGAGGUGGUGAUGCUUUGAGUAGCAGAAAUGUUUCACAGGGAUUGAUGGAGGUUAGGAAUAUUAAAACUGUUCCGCUGACUAGGGAUUUUAAGAAGGGAUUUAAAGGUAGUGAUCCUGUGGUUGUUUUAGUUCCUGAUGAUAAUAAUGGUGAUAAAAUGCGAGAUAGUAGUAGUAAAAGUUGUAUUUAUGAUGAAGGGAAGAUUAAAAUGGAUGUUGAGAAGGAUAUUGAUAGGAAAGAGGUGCCAGAAAGAAUAGAUGCCGUAAAAAUGGAAGCUGGGUUGGGUAAUAUUAAUACGAUUGGAAAUUGGAGUGAUGUAAGGAGGAAAGUGUCGACAGUAUCGGAGUGCAGUUCAAGAGAGUCUUCCUAUGAAGGCAGAAAAAAUUCUGACAAGCCGAGAGUCUCGGUUGAUAGUUAUAAGCCGCUGGUUGACGAUAAGAUUGAUAGACCUGCGGAAGAUCCUUUUUUGAGAUACAGCAGAGCUUCCAGACAGAAAGAAUCGGAACCUUCCGGUUCCGAUUCGGGGAACAUUAAAAUACCGACUGGACUUGGUGAUAGUCCUCGUGAAUCUUCAACUUAA